AUGAAGCAUCUACUCGCCGGCUUUGGCGCUAUGUGCGUGGUACUGGUAGCUCUGGACGCGGCCCGCAUCAAGAUUCCGGCCAAGAGUAGAAACGAUGACCUAUUCUCGGAGGAUGAGUUCACGUUCCCGGUGGAGGACAAGAAGGAUCCGACCAACUUUACCGGCAACGUCAUGCGGGCGUCGAUCGUGAUGGCUGAGGUGCGCAACCAGGGCAAGGGCAAGUUCAAAUACGCCGUGGAAACGGAGAACGGGAUUGAAAUCGAGCAGAUCGGUAAGCUGAAGAACGACUCCAAGACGUUCGUCGUGAUGGGAUCGUACACCUACACUGGAGCCAACGGUAAACGUUACCGCGUCAGAUACACUGCCGACGAGUUCGGCUACCAUCCGAUCACCGAGCUGGAUCUGGACAUUCCCGACCUAAACCAAACGCAACGAACGUUGCCACCGAUCAAGUUCACUACGACGCCCCGAACGACCACCACGAGGCGGACGACGACCACUACCACCACCACCACCACCGAGGAACCGACCACGGAAUUCCAGGGCUACCACUACGAGCGGCCGGACAAUGGCUACCUGCCGCCGAACAACGACUACCUGCCACCGCAGGAACCGGAGGUCGACUACCUGCCGCCGCGGGAAGAUCCGGUGAAGGCGGGCAAUCGCAGGCGCUACCAGGAACCGGUCGAUCAGUUCCAGCCUCCACGGGUGGACCUGCGUCUCGGUUAG